CAAAAGUCCGUCCACAUCCCUCCUCUUUCUUCAUUCACUCAUCAUCACAUCUUUCUCUCUCUGUAUAGACUCUCUGGAGCGCACCCUCCAAUAAACAAACACACAAAAAAUACACCAUCACCUCCACAAAAGAAGACAAGAAAAAAGAAAAUCAUCAUCAAAACUCACACGCAGAGAAGAGUUUGAUCAUCAAUUGUGGUUGUAUAUCAGCUAAAGAAUGAAGGAAUUUCUGGUAUUAAUCACUACUAUUUUGUUCAUCAGUAGUGAUAUCUUAUCAGCAUCAGCGUCUUUGAUUCUGAGGAAAAAUCUUCCAAUACUCUCGUUUGAUGAAGGUUAUAAUCAUCUGUUCGGAGAUAGUAAUCUCGUCACUAAUCAAAAAGAUGAUGAUGAUGGGAAAACAGUUCAACUUCAACUAAACAAAAGAACAGGUUCAGGAUUUGUCUCUCAAGACCUUUAUCUUCAUGGAUUUUUUAGUGCUUCGAUCAAAUUACCAGCUGAUUAUACUGCUGGAGUUGUCGUCGCCUUUUACAUGUCAAAUGGAGACAUGUUUGAGAGGAACCAUGAUGAAUUAGAUUUUGAGUUUCUGGGUAAUAUAAGAGGAAAAGAUUGGAAGAUUCAAACAAAUGUUUAUGGGAAUGGAAGUACAGCAGUUGGUAGAGAAGAAAGAUAUGGUCUCUGGUUUGAUCCAUCUCAAGAUUUUCAUCACUAUUCAAUUCUAUGGACUCAAUCUCACAUCAUAUUUUAUGUGGACGAUAUUGCCAUCAGAGAAGUGCCAAGGAGUGAAGGAAUGGGUGGAGUUUUCCCCUCAAAGCCAAUGUCAUUGUAUGCAACUAUAUGGGAUGGUUCAACCUGGGCUACAAAUGGUGGUAAAUACAAGGUCAAUUACAAAUAUGCCCCUUUCGUUGCAGAGUUUUCCGAUCUUGUUCUUCAUGGUUGCACGGUUGACCCGAUUGAACUAUCAUCCAUCAAUUGUGAUACAACAACCAGCAAUAUCGAUAUCUUGAGUAGUUCUGAUAAUAAGCAUACUACACUCUCGUCCGAACAGCGGGUAGAGAUGAUGAACUUUAGAACGAAACAUAUGACGUAUUCCUACUGUUAUGAUCACACUAGGUACUUGUCCCCUCCAGCGGAGUGUGUGCUGGAUAGCCGUGAAGCUAAGCGACUCGGACAAUUUGAUCCUGUAACCUUUGGAAAUGGACCACCUAGCCGAAAGGGUAAACGCCGUCAUCGGCGUAACCGCAGAACAGACUCAAUGGUCACCAUGUGAACAAGAUUGGGGUAUAGUUUCUUGCAACCACUUGGUGGGUACUUUUGAAUAAGAUUUGAUUUUUUUACACAUUAUAUAUUUGUGAAUUUGAGCUAGAAAAUUUGUGACAGAUUACAUAAAGGUGUUCUUAAGUAACUUUGCUGCUUCCCGUCA